UAAACUAUGGCGUCGUGCUCCUGUUUGGUGUGGUAUCGUUGAUGGCUGGGUUGACCACUGGUGUAGCGAUGUCUCCUUGGUAUGGCGGAAACCAAACCGCAACGCCGCCACCUUCCUACACAACUUACGCAACGACUAGUUCCCUCACCGAGGUCUUCAAGUACUACACCACUAAAGCACCGGAGUUUUAUACCACAACUUACGCUGCCCCGAGCCACUACACUGACGCCCUGAAGUAUUACUCUGCCCUGAGUUACUACACUGACGCCCUGAAGUAUUACUCUACCCUGAAUUACUACACCGUCUAGGCGAUGGAGUACUACAUUACUACGCAUGCUGCCCCAUCCUAUUACACCUUAAUUGCUACACCGAGGCUCCCGCUGGUUACUCCACCAAAACGGUUGAAUACUAUACCGAAGCGCCAAAGUUCUGCCCCGAUCUACACAACCACAACUGAGGCGGCCAAGUAUUACGCAGUCCCGACUUACUACACAGAAGCUGCCCUUUCGUGCUACGUUGAACAGAAAUACUACACUGAUGCUCCAGUUUACUACACCACGACCUGCUCUACACCUAGCUACAACACCGCAGCCCCCAAGUACUACACAGAAGAAGACGUCUACUUCUUCCAAGGUUCAUAUGUAUUACGUCAGCAAUUCUCCCGACUAUGUCACCACUACUUAAGCUGCUUUGAACUAUACACCGAAGUUCUGAAGUAUUUCUCUGGAUGUGUUGAAAGAUUGCUGAAAUACAAGAUUGAUUGAUAAAUUACAA